AUGUCGUCCCCUGCAGUGAGCAAAGCACCCCAAAAGCUCGGUUCGAAGACCGGAACCCCCUCCAAACUUCGCAAAGGUUCCGGCUCGAGUGUCGCCUCCAAGCAAAGUGUCGCCGAAUCACCCAAGCCCAUGAAGAAGACACCCUCCCGUAAACUCGCUCCCAAAUCACCCAAGCCUAUCCAAGACGACGAAGAAUCUAUCCAAUCUAUCCCCGAGACCCCCUCGCCGAAAUCCAAGAAGAAGAAGAUCCCUUCCUCGGAGCAGCGUCGUCCUAUCUCUCCCCCCGAUGAUGCUGUAUCCCAGGCUUCGGGUUCGGCUGCCCCAUUACGUCGAGCCACCUCUGGUAUGACCGACAAGGCCAAGGAUCUGGCCGGGAAGUCCAAGGAUACCGUUCAGAAUGGAGUCCAGAAAGCCACCAAUGCUAUCCCACUCGACCUCUCUGCUCUGAAGGGUCUUUCCGUCGCUGAUGGUGGAAAGAUUCUGGGCCAGGAUGGAACCCCAUUGGGUGAAGUGGUGGAAGGUGACCCUGAAGAUCUGGUCGGUCAAGUUGUCGGUGAUGAUGGCGAGAUCGUCGACGAAGAUGGGGACCUGAUUGGCCGUGUGGAUAUUCUCCACGACGCUGCCGAGCAGGCCCAGAAUGUUCCUGGGGAAUUUCCUGAGGAUGCUGAGUCCAAGCUCGGUGAAGUCCAGGAUGUUGUCACUGACCUGGCCGAGCUGGAGGGUCUACCUGUAUCUGAUGGCGGCGUGAUCAAGAACUCUGCUGGUCAAGUCUUGGGCAAAAUUGUUGAAGGCGAUCCGGAGGACCUCAUCGGAUAUACUCUCAAUGAUUCCGGUGAGAUCGUCGAUGAUGACGGCGAUGCGAUCGGUCGCGUGGAGCUUGUUCCCGUUGAGGAGCAACAGAAGGCCAUCGAAGAGGCCGUCGGCGACGCCACGGAAAAUGUCGACGGCGUCAAGGAUGAGGUCGAUGAGGAGUAUGAGGACGCCCAGGAUGGCCUUUCUGUUGAUGACGCAGCGGAUGCUGUGGAGAGUCACGCCGACGAAGCCGAAGAGGCUACGAAGAAUGCGGCCGACGUGCCUGACGUGGCCGACGAGGCCAGCGAGGCCGAAGAUGCUGUCAAUGAUGUCGCCGACGAUGCUACGGAUGCAGCUCCCCAAGCCGACCUUUCGGAAGUCGAUGAGGCCAAAUCAGACAUUGACGACGCUGUUCCUGAUGUCGACGACGUCAAAGAUGAUGCGGAAGGUGCUGUCGACGCCAAAGAUGAUGCUGAAGAUGCUGUCGACGAUUUGAACGACACUGCCGAGGAGAAACUCGAGGAAGCUCAAGAGAACGUUGAAGGCGUUUCCGAAAACGCCGAAGACGCUGCAGAUGACGCAGCAGAAGAAGCCGAAGAAGCCACCCAGCGCAUUCCUGCACUUGACACCCUGGAAGGUCUGAAGUGCAACAAGCGCGGAUUCGUCAUUGACCCAGACACUGGCAAGCCCGUUGGUGAAGUCAUCGAAGGCGACCCUAAGAAGCUUGCGCGACUCGGCGCUACCCUUGACCAAGAGGGUCAAUUCUGGGACAACCGAGGCAACGUGAUCGGAAAGGUCAAGGCCCUGCCCGUCGAAGACGACAAGGACGAGGAGGGUCCAUUCGCUGGCCUCGAGGGCCUUGUUAUUGGCCAGGACGGCUGGGUCGAGGAUGAGAACCAGACUCGCGUCGGAAAGCUGGUCGAAGGUGACGCGAAGAAGCUUCUCGGUCGUGGUGUCGACGAGGAUGGUGAAGUUCUCGAUCGUCACGGCUCUGUCAUCGGUCGUGCUGAACGAUGGGAGGAGCCCGAACCUGAGCCCGAAGAGGAGGAGCCUGCCUCUGAUCUCUCCGUUCUUAACGGACUGAAAUGCAACAAGGCCGGAUACGUCAUUGGACCCGAAGGCUUCCCUAUUGCCCGUGUGGUGGAGGGUAACCCCAAGGAGCUUGCCGGCAAGAAAAUCGAAGACGGCGAGAUCUACGACGGUAAGAAGGUCGUCGGUCGUGUUGAGCUCAUUCCCGAGGAGGAGCUGGAGAACAAGCCCGAAGGUCCAUUUGCCGGCUUGGAAGGCUUGGUCGUCACCAAAGAUGGAUUCGUUGAGGACGAGGAGGGCUCGAUUGUCGGAAAGCUCAUCGAGGGCGACGCGAAGAAACUCCGCGGCCGUGCUGUCGAUGAGGAUGGCGAGAUCACCGACAAGUAUGGCAAUGUGAAGGGCCGUGCUGAGCCUUACGAGGUUCCCGAAGAAGAGGCUCCCGCCGAGGCAGACCUAUCUUUGCUUGAGGGCAAGGUUGUCAACAAGAUGGGUAAUGUCGUUGAUCCUGCCACCGGUGCUGUUGUCGGGCGCAUCGUCGAAGGCGACAAGCGUCUUGCCGGUCGCAAGGUCGAUGGCAAAGGCCAGAUCUGGGGUGAUAAUGGUGAGGUUAUUGGACGCGCCGAGUUAAUCCCAGGUGCUGAGCAGCACAAGGCUGAGGGACCGUUCUUCGGAUUUGACAAUGCUGAGGUUGCAAAGGACGGCGUUGUAGUCGACGGCGGUCGCAUCAUCGGACGUCUUGUUGAAGGCGACGCCAAGCGCCUACUUGGACGCAAAGUUGACGAAGAUGGUGAUGUGGUGGACAAGAACGGCAAUACCAUCGGCAAGGCUGAGCGAUGGGAGCCCGAGGAGAAGGCCCGAGAUGUUAAUCCUAUGUCUGGCCGUAAGGUCAACAAGGAGGGUGAAGUCCGCAAUGCUGAUGGCGACCUCAUCGGCAAGCUUACUUCUGGAAACCUGGCCACCUUGGUGGGCAAGUCCAUCGAUGACAACGGCUAUGUUGUUGAUAACGAUGGCAACAAGAUCGGCGAAUGCACCCUCCUGGAGAAUAUCCCGGAGCCGGAGCCUGAGGAGCCUGAGGAGGAGCCAGAAGUUGAGGAAGAAGGACCAUCGCCCGAAGAGUUGGAAGCUCAACAAAAGGCCGAGCACGACCGUCAGCUGGCCGAGAAGAUGAUUCAUAUCCUUCGACAAACUCUUGACCAGAUCAAGCCUAUUUGCGACAUGAUCACCGAGAAAGUUGAAAAGGCCGACCGCACUCCUAAGGAUGAACUUGACGAGGAGAAGCUGGUCAAAGAUAUCAAGCCCCUACUAGAGCAGGGAGGCCAGAUCCUCCAAGAGUGCAAUGGUGCCAUUCGUGCCCUUGACCCUGAUGGUCGCAUUGCUGCCACUGCCAAGGCCCGUGCCUCUUCGCGCGAUGCUACACCCGAGGAGAAUCAGCUGGCUGAUCUCCUGAAGACUCUCACUGAGACAGUUGUUAAGACAAUUGACAACGGUAAGAGACGCAUUGCUGAUAUGCCUCAUGCCAAGAAGAAGCUCAACCCUCUCUGGGGCCUUCUUUCCGAGCCAUUGUUCCAGAUCAUUGCUGCCGUUGGACUUUUGUUGAACGGAGUCUUGACUCUGGUUGGUCGUCUGCUGGAUGGUCUUGGCCUGGGUGGACUGUUGAAUGGCAUCCUUGGAGGAUUGGGAUUGGAUAAGCUGAUCAGUGGUCUGGGGCUUGGUUCACUUACGGAUGCUUUGGGACUGGGCGGUAAAUAA